UUCGACGUCGCGGAUCAAAGAUGACAUUUUGAAUUAUUAUGUGAUUUACCAGAUUCCAGACUACAUAGAUUCUCCACACGUCAAGAUUUUUUACGGCUUCCGUUCCUGUGGCCGAAAUUAUUGAGAAAACUAUUACCUGAACCAUGCCUGUUCACACCGGUGAAAUUGUCGUGAAACGCGUAGUUGUCCAUCCUUUGGUUCUUUUAAGUGUGGUUGAUCAUUUUAAUCGUAUGAAAAAUGUGGGAAACGCUCGCAGAGUUGUUGGUCUUCUCCUGGGAAGUUUGAACCAUACGACGGGAGAGCUGGAUGUUUCCAAUAGCUUCGCAGUACCGUUCGACGAAGACGAGAAGAAUAAAUCCGUUUGGUUCUUGGAUCAUGAAUACCUUGAGAACAUGUACACUAUGUUCAAGAAAGUUAAUGCCAGAGAGAAGAUCGUCGGGUGGUACCACACUGGUCCGAAGCUUAAUUCUAAUGAUCUGGAAAUUAACGAGCUCAUCCGCAAGUACAAUCAGAAUUCGGUGCUUGUUAUAAUCGAAGUCAGUCCAAAAAAGAAUGAAUUGCCAGCUGAGGCGUACAUCGCAGUAGAGGAAAUUCGGGAUGAUGGAACUCCGGUCCGCGUAACAUUCGAGCAUGUUCCCAGCGAAAUGGGCGCUGAAGAAGCUGAAGAGGUCGGAGUGGAGCACCUUUUGCGUGAUAUUAAAGACACCACUGUUGGCUCCCUUUCUCAACUGGUUUCCAACCAGCUUUCCGGAUUGAAAGGCCUGCGAACUCAACUGGGAGGCAUCGUUUCUUAUCUCCAGAAAGUUCAGAAUAAAGAGCUUCCCUUGAAACCGGAUAUCAUUAACAAUUUGCAAGAUAUCUUUAACCUCCUGCCCAACAUCAAUGCGCCUUCCUUCACCGAUGCUAUGACCAAUAAAACAAAUGAUCAGCUGAUGGUUAUCUACUUGUCGACGAUGGUGCGAUCCAUUCUAGCCAUGCAUAACCUCAUCGAUAAUAAACUUCGCAACAAAUCGGAAGUUGAGAAGAAAAUCAAAGAGAAGAGCGAUCUGGUGGCCAAGAAAGCCGAGAAGGACAAGGAUGAAAAAGUAACGGACGUUAAGAAAGAGGAAGAAAAGAAGGCAACAAAAUAAGCAUGAACUUUUGUGUAAACUGCGCUUCUUUUUUGAUCUACAUUGGCUAUAUAUAAAUGGAUGUGCGCGUCUCGUUUAUACAGAUUUCGCAGUUUCAGUAGCGCUGUCAAGCCUUCGCGAAGUUUUAGAAAAAACAUACGUCUUGUUGAAUCCAGGCGGUUUUUGUUAUUUUCUUGAAUAAAUUUGACAGUCAAUAG